UUAUCAUCAUUUUUAUUUAAUAACAAUAUUCAAUUGUGUUUGAAAAAUAUUAAAUUUUAAACUUAAUCCUUUACAAACGGUGCAGUUGCUGAAAAAAAUCAAGCAUCCUUGGAAGUUUUUAAACUAAUCAAAAGUCCUUGAAAUCGCUUUUUUUUUAUUCAACCCCAAAAUCUAAGCUUGACAUGCUUAAACCCAAAACUUUGACUUUUAUCUUUUUCUUUUUUCAACUGGCAGCCAAGUGAGGAUGCUGAUUUUUUUAGCCACUGCGACGUUUAUAAAGGAUUAUGUUACGAAAAGGAACAUUAAAAAAAGUUUAAUACUUAGUUUUUUUUAAAAAUAAAUUAAUGGCUUCACCUCGGAAUUUCAUAGCAAAAAUUAAAAGUUGAAAAAUUCAUAACUCGAAAACUACGAAAAAUCGGCAAACGUACAUUCUGAUAGCAUACGUGAGCAAACUAAACAAAAUUUUUGGACGUCAAGGUUUGGACCAUCCUGUAUAAGACAUUAUUUUAAUGAAUUUAAUGGAUAAAACACUUGUUACUAAAUAGGCUCACUGCGUAUGCCCAACAGGAAACCGGUGUGAACGCUGCUGGGGACAUGUUCUCUUAACUGAUUUUUAUAGUUCAGUAGCUACAUAAAUAAUUCGUAUAGAUCAAGAACCCUUUAUAUACGACUUUUUCGUCUCGGUAAUUCACAAUGUCUUCAUCAAACAACGAAUGUGCACAACUUUACUUACGUAUUAAAAAUAAUUAAAAUAAAUAAUCAUGAUACAUAGUCACGUUAUUUUGUUCAGUGUAUUAUUUUUGUCAACAUGUCAGAUAAAACUAAGCAAAUCCAGUCUUAUUACCCAAGAAGUUGAGUUACCACCCGGACAGGAAUGUGUCAUGACUCCAGUGGUGCAUGUAUUAAAACAUCCAGGAUGCCAGCCACAGCUGAUUCCGUCGUAUGCUUGCGUUGGAAAAUGCACCAGCUAUUUACAGGUAUCAGGAAGCAAAAUUUGGCAAAUGGAACGUUCAUGUAAUUGUUGCCAGGAAUCUGGUGAACGAGAAGCUACGGUUGAUUUGUAUUGUCCAGAAGCAAAAAAGGAAGAGAAUAGAUACAGGAAGGUAGUUACAAAAGCGCCACUUGAAUGCAUGUGCCGUCCUUGUGGUAUUAUUGAUUCAAAUGCUAUUAUUCCACAAGAAACAGUUGGAUACGCUGAAGAAGGACCGCUGCAUAAUCAUUUCAGGAAAAGCUUCUAGACGAAAAUUGUAUGAAUCUAACUUUGUAUACUUGUAGACUUGUGCAGUUCUUAAUUGUUAUAUUAUUCAGAGACUAUUAAAAGCCUUGACCAAC